AUGUCUAAAAGAAAAGGGUUAAGCAUAGAAGAAAAAAAAAUUCGAUUGCUAGAGUUAUUUUAUGAAAAAAAAGACUUUUUUCAAGUGAAAGAAUUAGAAAAAAUGGCUCCUAAAGAAAAGGGUAUAAUAACACAAUCAGUUAAAGACAUAUUACAAAUACUAGUAGAUGAAGGUUUGGUAGACACAGAUAAAAUAGGCACCUCCAUAUAUUAUUGGGCUUAUCCUAGCACAGCCAAGAGAGCAAAAACAAAAAAGCUACACGAACUUAAUUCAAAUUACAAUAUCAUAAAUGAAAAAUUCAACAAUUUAAAGGAAACUUUGAAAAAUGAAAAAUUAGACAGAGAAAAUUCAGAAACCAGGAAAAAUACAUUACAAGAAGUUAAUAAACUUAGAAAAAUAAAAAAGGAAAUAGAAGAGAAACAAAAAAAAAGUCAAAAAUACAAUUCAAAAACUAAAGAAUGUUUACUCAAUGACAUAUCGAUUAUCAAAAAUGCUGCCAAUAAGUGGACAGACAACAUUUCUAUAACAAAAUCUUGGUGUAAAAAUAAGUUUGCUAUAUCAGAAAAAUUAUUCAACUUACAAUUUCAAAUUUUGUCAGAUUUUGAUUACUUAGAUUAA